CUCCUCUCUUUUCCUUUUGCUACACAACUCCCCAAUCCAUCUGCACCUACACCUCCAUCUCCUUUCGUUUUGCUUAAUAGCUUUACUCACAUAUUAAUCACAAUGGUACGCCUUCCCAAUGACCAUAGAGCAAGGAGAGCUCGGGGUCAACCCUUUUUCUUCGUUUUUCCUUCCCCUACCACGCAGGCAGCUUCUGCCUCGAUUUUCUCAACAUCCCUAUGCCGUCCACUCACACAAUCUACAAAGAAUUGCUGCUGACAUGUACCGAAUCAUUAGUCUUUCCUCCGCAACAUCAAGAACCUUGCUCCCCUCAUGGACCGUGUGCUCGUUCAGCGCAUCAAGCCUGAGGCCAAGACCGCCUCUGGUAUCUUCCUCCCCGAGAGCAGCGUCAAGGAGCAGAACGCUGCUAAGGUCCUUGCCGUUGGCCCCGGUGCUGUUGACCGCAAUGGCCAGCGUAUCCCCAUGAGCGUUGCUGCUGGUGAUCACGUCCUGAUCCCCCAGUUCGGUGGUAGCCCCGUCAAGGUCGGUGAGGAGGAGUACACCCUCUACCGGGACUCUGAGAUCCUUGCCAAGAUCACCGAGUAAAAGGUGUCUGACUGAGUCGAACUUUCGGUUUACGCCCCGAUCCGUUUUUCUUCCGC